AUGUAUUUAAUCACGACGGCAAAUAAAGCUCCGAAUUCAUCGGAGCCCCCGCAGCCACUUCUCUCUGCGAUCAGCCGUUCGUUUUCGGGGAUGGUCGAGCCAUGCACAGCCAGAGAAAGCAGAGAGUCAGCGGGCCAAGCAGGAGCAUUUCCGCUGGACCCAGCGGCGCCUCACUCACCGCAGCCGCAAAGCCCUCCUCUCGCCCCGUUGGACCCGCAAGAAGCUGGGGACUCGCGGUGGAGCUUCGCCGUCGUCAACGUAUUUCUGUAUGACGACCGUGCCAGGCGCCGGCCCUCAUGCAGCGAGCUGCAGUGCAGCAAGGUGCAGGUGGUGCCGUGGAGGGGAGGCGAGGGGCGUGCGGCAAUGGAAAAGGGCGAAAGGGAUAGGAGGGCCAAAGGGGGUGAUGGAGGGGACGGGAGUUUGGGAAGGAGUGGGUGGGUGGCAAGUGAAGAGCCCGAGGAUGUGGAGAUGGAAGGUGAAGGGUGUGAGGAUGCAGAGCUGGCAGGCGCCCUGGCUGCUCUUGGCCUGCCGGUGCAGUUCCGUGGAGGGGUCCGAGCCAUGCAAUCAGCACAAGAUGCUAAGUUCAGUGGAGGGGUGCGGGCUGUGCAGUCAAUGCAAGACGCUAAGGCAGCAGCACAGGCAACUAAGGUGAGUGCGGAAUCAGCACCGGUGGAAGCAAAGCUGGCAGGCACCGUUGCUGCUCUUGGCUUGCAGGGCGGUGGAGGUGGUGGUAGUGGUGGUGGUGGUGGUGGUGGUGGCGGUGGUUCCGGUGGGGCUCGUGGAGGGAAGAAGAAGAGGCGGGGGAGAAAGAGGGGCGAUGGACAGGCAACAGCAGAGUGUUCCACAGGCGCAGGGGUAGGGGGUGGUGCAGAGGGUGUGGCAGGGGUGGGUGCAGCGACAGCAGUGGAGGGUGGUGUGGAUGCAGCAAGGCAGGUCGCUGCUGAUGCAACCAUGAGUGCUCUCACAGGGGCAGAAGUGGAGGGUACUGCAGAGAUAGCAGUGGUGGGGAGCGGUGCAGAUGCAGUGGGGGUGAGCAUUGUUAAGGCAGUUGGGGGUGGCAGGGGGACAGCAGCACGGGUUGCGGCAGAGGCAGAAGUAGUGGCAGUUAGUGAAAGAGUGGCACAGGGUGGCGCUGAGAAGAUCAGGGAAGAGCAGAUUUCGGGAGAGAAGAUGUGGGAAGAGCAGAUGGAAGGGCAGGGGAUGGAAGGGCAGGGGAUGGAAGGGCAGGGGAUGGAAGGGCAGGGGAUGGAAGGGCAGGGAAUGGAAGGGCAGGGGAUGGAAGGGCAGGGAAUGGAAGGGCAGGGGAUGGAAGGGCAGGCGAUGGAAGGGCAGGGGAUGGAAGGGCAGGGGAUGGAAGGGCAGGGAAUGGAAGGGCAGGGGAUGGAAGGGCAGGGGAUGGAAGGGCAGGGGAUGGAAGGGCAGGGAAUGGAAGGGCAGGGGAUGGAAGGGCAGGGAAUGGAAGGGCAGGGAAUGGAAGGGCAGGGAAUGGAAGGGCAGGGAAUGGAAGGGCAGGGAAUGGAAGGGCAGGGAAUGGAAGGGCAGGGGAUGGAAGGGCAGGGAAUGGAAGGGCAGGGAAUGGAAGGGCAGGGAAUGGAAGGGCAGGGAAUGGAAGGGCAGGGAAUGGAAGGGCAGGGAAUGGAAGGGCAGGGAAUGGAAGGGCAGGGAAUGGAAGGGCAGGGAAUGGAAGGGCAGGGAAUGGAAGGGCAGGGAAUGGAAGGGCAGGCAGAGGGGGAUUCAUUCGUGGUGGCGGAUGAUGGUGCAUGGCAGGCGGUGUGGGAGCCGCUCUCCCACGGCGUGUACUUCUGCAAUGCUGCUGCCGCCCUCACCCAGUGGCACCCGCCCGACCACGGGGAAGGGAGUGGGCUCGCAUGCUGGGUGGGAUGGACGCCCGAACAGGCUGUAGCAGAGCAGGCUGCAGCAGAGAAGGCUGUAGCUCACCAGACAUUAUUUGUAGAGGGCGCUUCCCCACAGGCAGAAGCGGUGCAGGUCUUAUCUGAGCAGGCUGUAGCAGAGGAGGCUGCAGCAGAAGGGACUGUAGCAGGGGAGACUGUAGCAGCGGAGGCUGUAGCAGCGGAGGCUGUAGCAGGGGAGGCUGUAGCAGGGGAGACUGUAGCAGGGGAGGCUGUAGCAGCGGGGUAUGAGAAGUACUGGCAGCAGCGGUACGGUCUGUUCUCACGGUUCGAUGAGGGCGUCCUAUUGGAUGCUGACGCGUGGCCCCUUGUCACUCCUGAGGCCAUCGCCGCCCAUCACGCUGCCAUGUGCGCUGCUGCCAUGGAUUAUGAUGAUGCCACCUGUGCUCCUGCCACGUAUGCUGGCCACUCUGCACCUCUAAGUUCAGAGGAAGUGGUUCAAGAGCAGAGGGGGGUCCAAGUAAAAGCAGCAGGGGAGGAGGGGAAGGAUGGACGGGAGCGAGAGGUGAAGAGGGAUUGUGAGGGGAUGGGUAGGCAGGGAGGAGAAGAGGAACUAAGCGGUGGCUUCCUGGACCAAGGGAGGUGUGGGGGUGGAACGCGCGAAGAGAGUUGUGAGCGUGCAGCAGGCAGGAGGGAUGUAGCAGGCGUGGUGGGUGUUGAAGACGUGGUGGGUGCAGCAGGCAGGAGGGAUGUAGCAGGCGUGGUGGGUGUUGAAGACGUGGUGGGUGCAGCAGGCGUGGUGGGUGCAGCAGGCAUGGUGGGUGCAGCAGGCAUGGUGGUGGAUGCCUUCUGUGGGGUGGGCGGCAACACCAUCCACCUCGCCAAGCUCUGCUCACACGUGCUGGCGGUAGACAUGAGUCUGCCUCGCCUCGCCAUGCUGCAGCACAACCUCAGCAUCUACGGUCCCCAUCUGCCCCACCGAGUGGAUGUGCUCUGCGCCGACUUCCUUUCCCUUGCGCCGCGGCUUAAGGCUGAUGUGGUCUUCCUGUCCCCCCCAUGGGGCGGGCCAGAGUAUCUGGACCAAUCAGAGUACGACAUCUGGAGCAUGCUGCAGCCAGUCAGCGCCUCUGCCCUGCUGCAUCUAUCGCUGAGCAUCGCCUCCUCAGUGGUCAUGUACCUGCCUCGCAACACUCCCAUGCACCACUUGGCGCAUCUCGCUCGCUCCAUCACGCCUUCUGGUCCCUGCCUGGUAGAGCGGAAUUUUUUGAACGGGAAGUUCAAGUCUAUCACUGCAUACUUUGGCCCUAUUGCACGUGUUCCCAGAUGCAUUGAGUGUCAGAAUAUCAACAAUCAACGGCAAUACUCUGGUCAUGUCUGA